AUGGAUAUUUCUGUGUUGCUACAGCACAUUCUGCAGAACGAGCAUUUUGCUGAUGCAGAUCAUGGCCAUGGAAAUGCAAAAGAAGACACAGGCCAGAUAUCUCUGCACGGCAUACGCUUCAUUCUUAAUAUCAUAGGUAUAGAAAUCAAGGAUGAAUGUUCAGCAUGCAAAGUUCUUCUCCACAAACAAAUAGAGGAUGCACUGAUCAGAAAGUACAAGGAUGCAUAUGGAAUAAGCAUAGACCAGAGAAUAUACUCGAUCAAUGAAAUACACGGGCUCAUUCUGUUUCUGUACAUGAAGCAGCGUAAAACAGACGAUGUUGAUCCGGCCCUUGAGGCAUUCUUUGAAACACUCUUCUUCAGCAGCACAGACACAAACGAGUUGGAGAGCCUGAAAAGCGAGAAUGCAAGACUAAGCAAUGAAAACAAAACGCUUGUACAGAAAAUAGAAGAAAUAAGCAGCACCAUCAUCGAUCGGGGAUUUGAAGAAGAAGCAACAAGUGUAAAUGCAGAAGUGCUGCAUAAGCUAGAACACGAGCUGAUAAUACUCAAAGAGCAAGUCGAGUACGAACACACUGCGAUUUUGGAGGCAUGGUAUCACUUGGCACAGGACACACUAAAGAAAUAG